UGUAAGCUAAACAAUAGCGAAGACUAUAUCAAUAGCGAUAAUGAUUACAAUAACAACGAUUAUACCGACAGUGAUAUAGAUAACAACACUACACCUCAAACCAUUGAUUACGAGGUGGACGGGGAGGGCUCAGGCGGGAACCCGAACCCCAUUGACAGCUCCGCCAUCUUAGACCCCGAUGAGACAGAAGAGGUGGAGGACGAGUACGACAGUGGGCAAGAAGUUUGUACCCCAUUGGACGCCCUCCAGGGGCUAAACAUUAGCGACUUUUUGCCCGAAGACUACGAGUCACUGAAAUCAGAGCCCCGGCAUCGAGUGGUCAGACAUUUUGACGAGACGUGGGGUCGGUUUCAGCGGUUUUUCCGUUGGGAGCACCGCUUGUACGACAACCCGGACCUGAAAGCGGUGGCUAACUAUUUGCUGGGUUUGGCCUACGAGUUGAGUUACGACUUUGCACUCGAGCCCGAGUGCUCUCUGGCCAUCACUAUCGUUGACUCGCAGCCACAUCCGACGCCCACCGGCUUCUGGGGCGGAAUUAUCAGCGGAUUGGGUCAAUACGACCAGUGUCUGGACAUCCAGAGCCCACGGGAUGACCGUGGUCAAACAAUCGCCGGCCAGUACUGUAUGCUACAAUUUGUACUGCCGUACCCACUCGUCUCGUCGUACGACCGGACCUUUGAGGACAACCCGUUUGCCACACAAUUGAAAAAUUUUACGGAAAAAUACGGUUUCGGCGGCUAUUCGGCAGUGAAUCCAAUGCUUAAGUUAACGGAAUAUCUAAAUAUGAGAAAUGGAAAGUUCUUUGAGUUCGGGAUUUGUAUUCCCGAUAAAUGCCAUCCAAAAGACAUUGAAAAGGAGUUCAAUAGAAUUAUAUACCCGUUAUUACGAAUACCGGUUGAGAUAAAUGAGUUGACAUGUGCUGUAAAGGACCGACCAAUCAGUUUGGAUGGCUUUCAGGUCUUCUCAAUACUCGUAUUUAGCACACUGGCCAUUCUAGCACUAAUAAGCACCAUGUACGAAUUAUACCACGCCAAUUUAAAACCGCACUAUUUCACCAAAAACACCAGCGCAAAACCGAUACAACCCUCACUAAACCGACUGUUGGUAUCAUUUUCAGUCAUAACAAACACACGGCAACUAUGGCCGGACAGCACCGGGAAGUGUCGGCGCUUCGCACCCAUUAAUACCAUCAAACUGUUGGUGUCGUUGCAGAUGGUGUGCGCCCACACCUACUUCUUCACCGCUCAUUCAUUUCUAUUGAAAUCGUUCAACACAUCCGUACCCUUACAGCUGUUUCACGAGAACCGGUACUUUUUUGUGAGAGCUAAACAACUGGGUAUUGACACCUUCAUGGUCUCAUCGGGUUUAUUAUUGUGUUAUAAUCUUAUCGGGGUGCUUGAUAAAUCAAACGCAAAAUUUAACUAUGUGACUUAUGUGGCCAAACGGUGGCUCAAGCUGUCUAUUCCCCUGUGCGCCGCCCUAUUACUAUACUAUUUGCUACCAUUGGUGGGCAGUGGGCCCGUCUGGCACGAGUGCGACCAGUAUUUUCAACCCGGUUUGCGUGCACGAAUCGUGCUAAUUAUGUCACCAUAUAUACUAUACGGUCUAAACACGUAUUACGAAAUGACCAGACUAGACUCAUUACAGACAAUGACCCUGUCUAUUUUUGCCUACCACAUGAACACUUUACAGUACGUGUGCUCGUUUGCCAUCGGCCUAUUGGCCGGCUAUGGUAUUAAACGGGACACUAAACUAGUCGUGCCGUUUAUUGAGGAGGGUUUGUUAUACCGAGGUGUGACUGUACUGGCGAUGGCUGCACUGCCGGCAGUAAUCAUGUGGAAUAAUACGCUUAAUUUGUUUAACGAUUCACCAUCAGAAAUGAAUGCGGUGUUAUUUUUUGGUCUGGGUAAAUUUUUCUGGUCUGCGUCUAUGGGUUGGGUUUGGUUUGCCUGUUGCACAGGGAAGGCCGUUCAUUUUCCAAUUAUAUUUUAUCGCAUAUAUUCCGUAAGGCAAACAUAUAUCAUGACCGAUCUGAAGACAUUGGAAAAUAUUUACGUUGACUUUACACUUACCCUGAUGUUAUCGUACACACUGUAUGUACUGUUUGUCGGUCCCAUUGAAAAUCUAAUUAAGUACGUGAAGGACUCGUCUUUCUGUAUGAAUGUUAACAAACAAAUGGACAGUUAUUAUUGCGCCGAUCGUACAGAUGGUCACUCUAUGGUGAACUGCACUGAUAGUGCAAACAAGAUUAUCAGCGGAUUGGGUCAAUACGACCAGUGUCUGGACAUCCAGAGCCCACGGGAUGACCGUGGUCAAACAAUCGCCGGCCAGUAC